CUGGGUCAAACACCAUUGGCCCAGAAAUGAAUUUAGUAACUUGAGUGAGAUCCUUGUAUGGUAUGCUUCACAAGAGUUUAAGUGCUACCAUUAGGAACAACUUGCUUUUGUGUCUUCAUUAUAUGCUUAUUGUUUGUUUAGGACAGAGUAGUCAAUAGGCACCAUUAGCAGCACCAUUGCAGCCGCCCGGGGCUGUGGAGCCCGAAGCCUGUCUGCAGAGGUGAUACUGAUAGUAGAGAGAAAAUGUAUCACGGUGCUCUAAAGGGGUUUUGCGGGUCGCAAGGCUGUAACUGUUACGUUUUAGAGCAGUUUUUGAACUGCUAUUUUUUUUUUACCGGAAAAAUCAAAAUUACAAUUUAUUAAUAUUUUAUUUUUCUUUCAUUACUUCUCUUUCUUUUCUCUGUUUUUCUUUUCCUUUUCUUUUAUUUCUCAUUUCCCUACCUUCUUUUUAUUUUGUUUUUUUUUCUUUCUAACUCUAUGAGUAUAUAUGAGAAGCAAUCGAGGACCGUAAUGAUGAAUAGCAGUACAAGCCUCGGUGUUCCUCCGUUCCCAAUAAAAGUGGGAAAAAGAAUGAGCGCAGAGUGGGCUGAGUUACCGCAAGAAAUUGUUGAAUAUAUAUCGAAAAGGUUGACGAUCUACAUAGACUAUCUCCGAUUCCAAUGUGUAUGUCGCACAUGGAAUUACUAUGUUCCCAAAAUCCCUCUCCAUCUACCUCAACUCCGGCUCAUGCUUUGUCACAAAUCCUUUUUUGACCUCUCCACCAACAAACUCCACCGCCUUAAUCUCCCUUCUUUUUCUCACCAGACUCUUAUCAUUGGUUCUUCUCAUGGUUGGCUUGUUAUUCUCAAUGGAUACAGCGAGGUUCAUCUUCUUAACCCUAUAAUUUGUGCCACAAUGUCUCUUCCUUAUCUCCUCACUUUUUCAGAGUUGGUUAGAAUGCUUUUUUCGGAUCAUAAUAUCUACCUUAUCAAAGUUGUCUUGUCCUCUAGCCCUUCGCUUAGUAAGGAAUUUGCCGCACUCAUCUACCUUAUCAAAGUUGUCUUGUCCUCUAGCCCUUCGCUUAGUAAGGAAUUUGCCGCACUCGCUAUUCUCAAUCGUAGAAAAUUAGCAUUCUGCAGAAAAGGCUAUGAUUCUUGGGUUCUCUUCAUUGGGAAUCAACAUCAUCAAUGCAUAGAUCAUCAAUGGAUAGAUGCUGUAUACAAAAACAGUUUGUUUUAUGUUGUGAGCAUGAGAGGAACGAUAGCGGUGUGUGAUGUUGAGGGUCCCGGAGUCUCCUUUAUUGAGGCGACGAUCUAUACUGAUUACUUGGAUAGAAUCUGCUAUGUAAUGUUCUCCGGGGAGGACAUGUUGAUGGUUUCUCGAAAUUUUGCAUGGGAAUGUCAACAUCAGGAGUUUGGGCCAGAUCCCGAUGUUUGGACAAUAGGGUUUGUGAUUUAUAAGUUGAAUUGGAAUUUGCUCAAGUGGGAGGAAAUUCAAACUUUGGGCGAACACUUGUUUAUAAGAAAUAAUUAUUCGCUUUCCUUUUCUACGACUGAUUUUGUUGGAUGCUGUUCAAAUUGUAUCUAUUUCACUGAUGAACUUGCUGGGAAACACGGUUUCAGCAUCUAUAGUUUAUCAGAUAAGUGCAUUGAGCCGUUUCCCUGUAAUCCACAAAAGUUGUAUCGUUGUUUUGGAUGUCCAACUUGGGUUACACCAAACCCGCAAUGAGCUAAAAAUCUCAAUGAUGCACACUACAGUGUACACUCAUCGUAUUGAGUCCUGGACAUCUCAAGUGUUGCUUUACCUGUACGGUAAGACAGAUGGAAAUUCAAAUGCAGUUUUUACUGUGGUUUGCGUUCUUCUUUUAGGGGUAAUGACUUUUGGUGGUAAUGUCUUAAAGAGAUCUAUUGAUUCAGCAUUGCAAGAUCAGUGUAUUAUCGCAAUGUGAGGAUGAGUUAGGUAAUUGAGACAUUAGUACUCAACUCGAACACAGAUCCGAAUACACCUCGUUUUGAUUAAUCGAUUAAAUUAUUUAAUUUUGAUAAUUUGAAAUAUUAGAUGUAUCUUCAAUGUUUUGAUAUUUUAUUUUGCAUUAGCAGUAAAUAAAACUUUUAUAUUAGCAUAUGCAUAUAUUAUGAGAUAGUUUUUCUUAACUUUAGUAAAUAUGUGGAUAAAAAGAUAGCUGCACUCAAAUUUGCUCAAAACCAAACAAAUAUGAUGUAGAUUAUGUGGUGAACCAAAUUUCACAAUUCUUUGUGAAGAUUCUUA